AUGUCUACGAUUGAUGAUGAUGAUGAUGAUGUACCAUUAUUUGAUCAACCUAUUAUAUCACUUCAUAAUUCAAAGUUAUCAUUGAUUCCAUUUGAUGAUUCAACUGAUUCAACAGAUGUUCAACUUAUCGAUAUUAAUGAAAAGAAAAAAUCACGUUCAAGACGUGGAUUAAUUAUUUUAAAUAUUAUAUCCAUUAUUUUGGCUAUCGGAUGUGGUGCAAUAACAUUUUAUUUAGCUAUACAAGAUCAAUCAGCGUCUGCAUUAAGUUUUGCAAUAAAUUUAUGUCUAGAUGUAUUGGCCUAUGCUGCUAUUAUUUGGCGUUUUAAAAAUACUCAUAGUGACAAUGCAGGACAAGAAUUGUUUACCUUACGUAUAUUAGGUAUACUAUUUAUUUUAUCUGGUUGUGGUUGUCUAAUAAAUUCUAUAAUCGAUAUUCUAAAACAAAAUAAACCAAAACCAGAUCUUAUCUCAAUUAUUAUUGCCAGUAUUGAAACAACUCUAUUUUUACUAUUGGGUUUGGCUAAGAUAAUAUUAGCUGAAACAUUAAAUUAUACAUCAGCGUAUGCAGACGCAUUUAAUACGACCAUUAGUAGUAUAAUGGCAUUCUGUGUAACACUAAGUAUAAUUAUUUAUAAAUAUAUAAAUACGAAUGUAUGGUAUAUUGAUCCAGUUUUUGGAACUGUUAUAUCCAUCAUAAUUCUUUGCUAUGGAUUAUGGAUGUUAAUCAAGUCAUUCAACAAACAUUAG